GGCUGCUGGCCAUUGGAAAGUCUUCAUGCUGAGCAGCAAAAUGGCCGCCCGUCUACCGACUGACUCCACAGCGCUUUGAAAUUGAAACAUUUCUGCAUAUUUUGCUUUAGUCUGCAACAACCACAGUACUUCUUUACCAGCCUGUGGCGCGUUGCGAGUAUAUUUUCAUUAUUGUACAAUUACUUGACGUAUCCGCUCAGGCGUCGCUGUUCUUGUAGCUUCGACGAAUGCCUCAGAAAGCUAAAAAGAAAAAACGCACUGAAGCACUUUAGCUAGUUAGCACGCUAGCUUUUCUUCAUAUGUGAUUGCUGAGAAGAAAGGAGUAUCAACGACUGGAGCGGUAGUUCAUGGAAGACAAGAAAAGGAAAAAAGAAGAAAAAAGGAAAAGGGAAGCCUCCCAGAAGGUUGCAGAGCAAAAGAACAAAGUGCUAGAUUUGACCAAGCAGGCGUCUGCCCAUCCACCUGCAACUCAGAGCAGCUCUGCCUCUCCCAGCCCUGGACCCACCCCCUCUGCAUCCCCAUCCCCAGCCACUUCAGGCCCUGGCAGUGCUGCCGCCCAGUCACAGGGUGGUAACAAUGCCAAGCGCCUUGCUGUGGCCAACGGACAGCCCGCCUCCAGCGCCAGUUCUUCCUCUGCCACGGGCAGCACAAGUGUUCCAGGGAACGGGAAUACAAGUAGCGGAGGUGCGGCCCAGGCGCCUCAGCAGCAACCUCGCUAUAUGCCGAGAGAAGUGCCGCCGAGAUUCCGCUGCCAGCAGGACCAUAAAGUGCUACUGAAAAGGGGUCAGCCGCCACUGUCCUCCAUGCUGCUGGGAGGGGGAGGAGGAGGGGAGCCCCCCAAUGCAAACAUAGCUGCUAACUCAGAUUCUAGUGCAGCUACCACCUCAUUGGCCCUCACCUCAUCAUCAGUUGCUGCUUCUACCACUACUUCUAAUUAUGCAAAUUCCAUGUGGGGCACAAGCUUAGGCAGCCAGGCCUCCUCUCAGGGCAGGGAGAAGGUGAUUGUAGAUGGGAACGACCUGGAUGAGUGGCCCAGCAUCGCUGGAAGCGAUGGAGGAGGAGCUUCUUUCACUGUGGCUGGAGCUGGAGGAGGGAGCGGCGGCGGCGGCGGCAGCAGCAGCAGCAACAACGGAAUGCCUGUGAACAGCACGAGUGCCUCUGGCAACCAAUCCUCAUCCACUUCCUUGUUCUCUUUGCCCAAUGAAUGUAUGCAGUCGUCCGGUAGUGUGGCAUGGGGGGCGGCUGCCGCCCAGGGCCAUCUUGGAGGAGGGAAUGCAGUAGCUUCAGCUGGGCCUCUAUUACAGCAGUCCUCCUCAGUUUCCAAAGCCGCCGCUGUGCCAGGAAGCCAUGAUGCCAGUGGCCUCGCUGAUGGCAGCAGUGGUAUUCCGGGUGCCAACUUUAAUCCAAACGCCAACCCUUCGGCCUGGCCUGCCCUGGUGCAACAGGAGGGGCCCGGCGUUGUCGGGGAAGGACCUUCGACGGCCUUCCAUCACCAAGGCCCCGGAGGGACUUUAUCUGCCAACAAUUCUGCUUCCGUAGGGCUAAAGGCGGGGGCAGUCGGGGUGCUAGGCGGUCACCAAGCUUUGUCUGUGAAUCAAUCAAGCACUCAUCAGCACCAACUUCACCAAAUGCAAUCUAGAGACCGAGAAAUGGCAGAGGGCAAGUGGGAUAGUGAAUCAGCGGGACCAAAAAUUGCAGGAAACGAAGGAGCCGCGGGAGGAACGGGAGGCGACGGAGACCACAAUCCUUCUUCCUCGUGGAGGGGCCAACCCUCUUACCCUGCAUCCAACUCCAAAACGGGUGCCUCAAGGACUGAUGGAUGGGAGGGCAGAGAGGGUGCCACGGGGGCAUACAGAGCUGCUGAGGGUGAUAACGGGUCUUCGGGUUGGGGUUAUCCGGGGCCCUCUCGUGGGGUUAAUACUUGGGGGAGCGCUGGAAAUGAUAGUCAAACUGGGGUAUCUCAGGGAGGGUGGGGGACAUCUGGAGUAGAAAAAGGGGUGUCUAGUGUGGACUGGGGUGGGAGUUCCUCCAGCACUGCUGGAGUUAAUCCUGGAGAAGUGAUGGGAGGAGCCUGCAGCAGUAACAGCAGCAGUAGCGGAUGCAGCACAGCCGGCAAUCCUCCCGUCACCUCGACGGCAAUGAACAGAGCUUGGGACAAUCAGAAGGGAGAGGGGGAAACGGGGGAAUGGAGCGAGGGUGCACGGGGAGGGUCUUUAUCCAGCGGUGGGAAUUCCAGAUGUGAAAGGGAGCCCAACGGCAGUCGUUUCCGGCGUCAGCCACCCGAUACUGAAGCUGCCUUACAAAACCUGCUCAGCCGUCCUGAUCUCGAUCCAAGGGUACUGUCAAACACAGGCUGGGGCCAAACGCAGAUCAGACAAAACACAGCUUGGGAUCUUGGUAGUCAAGCCGAAUACAAUAAGAGCGCACUCUCAUCAACCUCUUCCAAACACCCAGCUUCUCUCGGCAACUCUUCUCAGUAUUCUUCUGGACCCAGAAUCCCGAUGGGUGAUUCAAAUGGACCAGGGGUCCACCCUCCCUUGCUUUCUUCUGCUGGCUCUUCCGGGGAGGCCUGGGAGACCAGCAGCAGCAGCAGUAGCAGCGGUGGGGCCUCUUUAUCCGGGAGAGCCCCACCUCCUUUGGUCCCAAACAUGAGUAAUCUUGGCGUCUCGCAAUCUGGUCCAGUCAUCACAGCAGGUACUGGUGGUGGGUCAGGAUCGCUGGGACAAAAACAGCAAGGGAAGCCUACUGGCUGGGGUGCAGGAGGGACGGCGGAUAAUCAGGAGACCAAAGGGUGGGGUAACGAAGAAUGGAGAACCAAUCGAGGAAAUGGUGGCGCUUGGAGCGCUACGGGGCAACAAGGUAACCUUGCGAGUACAGGCUGGGGAGGAAAUGACGAGAGGGGAGCAGUCGGGUGGAAAGAAAUGGGUGGGGAAGGACGAGGAGGUGGUUGGGGCUCAGGGCACAAGGUUGGGGCAGGUCGGGACUGGGGCGAACAGGAGUCCAAAUCAAAUAGCGGCGGCGCAGGAUGGGAAGAUGAGGCGAAGAAUGGCGGAAGGAACUCAGGUGGGGGGGAUUCAGGCGCGGGUGGUUGGGGAAGCUGGGACGAGGAUGCUCCGCGGAGAUCCUGGGGGCCAGGUGGCACAGGGGCGGGAGGGAGUGGCGCAGUUGGCGUCGCUGGGUCCAAACCCCAUCAGAGUUGGAGCGGCGGAAAUAAAAUGCAACAGAUGCCAAACAGCCAGUCAGGCUCUAUCACAGGCCUACAGGCACAACUGCAGCAGCAACAAUCACAAGCCCGCAAUCAGACGCCACAGCUGCAGCAAGCAUUGGACCAAGGGGCUAUGCAAGGCGCCGGUGGGAGAAAACCAAUCACUCAAGCCCAGAACCAAAGCUCAGGCUGGACCUCAGGGCCCAUCCCUGCCAGUCAUGGAUUAGGUGGAAGUGGAUCUGAACCAAGUGGUUGGGAGGAACCUUCCCCGCAGUCUUUAAGCAGGAAAAAUGAGAUCGAUGACGGAACGUCAGCAUGGGGAGACCCGACCCAUUAUAACUACAAACCGGUUAAUCUGUGGGAUAAGAACAGCACCCCUGCUGGUCAGCACCAGCAGCCACAUGCUCAACAACCUCCAACACAGCAGCUAAAUAGGCCUGGUACGGGACCCGGAGGAGGCAGCAGGGACUUCAACACUAGUCAUGGACAAGGAAAGGUUUCUCCCAUGGGUUCCUCAGGUUGGGGUGGUACACCUCCAGCUAGUCCCACAGUAGACAACGGCACGGCUGCUUGGGGAAAAACUACAGAUGCUCCUUCUGGCUGGGGGGAACCUGAUGACGCUGGUGCCAAAAGUGGCUGGGGAAACCCUCCCCCCAAUCCCAUCAAAUCUGGUUCAAAGUCUAUGCAAGACAGCUGGGGGGACAAAGAAGGCUCCGUCACAGCUUCGCGUCAUUCGAGCUGGGAGGAAGAGGAGGAGGGCGGGAGCAUGUGGAACAGCACCGGCUCCCAGGGUAGUGGGUCGUCUUGGGGACAGGGUAGCAAUGGCGGCUGGGGACAGAGCCACAAUGUCAAGAAGCCUAGCAACAAGGGUCCGCUCAAGGUUGGCGGGGAUUCCUGGAUGAGCCCAAUCAACAGACAAUUCUCUAAUAUGGGGCUUCUGAAUGACGAUCCGAGCGGUCUGAACAUUGACCUGGCUCCAGGCGCUCUCCAGGAGAAGAAGAUGGAAAUGGAAAAAAGAGCCAUGGGAAUGAUGGACUACAACGGAGACAUGAGGAAAGGAAGAGGAGGAGGAGGAGGGGGCGGCAUGGCUUAUCGCUCGCCCAUUUCCAAAGAGUCAGCACAUGGGGAUGCCGCUUCUUUUUACGACAAGACCUUGCUUUUGAACAAUCAGGAUGGGUACCUUGGGGAGGAUGGCCCUUGCUCUCUCUUCUCACCACCCACUGCCUACAAGCCCCAUUCCCUCUUCAAUCACACUAUCCCCUUUAGACAAGGUGGCCAUAGCCUCCUCGGCAGUAGUGGAGGGAUGUCUCAGCCCAGACACCAGCCCAAUAUUCCACCCAUGAACCAGUCCCCAGGGAUACGAGCACAAGUGCCUCAUCAGUUCCUGUCACCUCAGGUGCCAGGCUCCAUGCUGAAGCAGAUGCCCCCUCCCAGCGGGAGCGUGGGGGGUGUUGGCGGUGUGGGAGGAGUGGCAGGAGUCGGCGGCGGCGGCGUGUUCCCUCCUCAGCUGUCCCCCCAACAUAUAGCCAUGCUCAGCAGCAUCUACCCACCCCACAUCCAGUUCCAAUUGGCUUGUCAGCUCCUCCUCCAGCAACAACAGCAGCCGCAACAGCAGCUGCUGCAAAACCAGAGAAAGUUUCCGCCGAAUGUCCGGCAGCAAGCUGACCCUCAACAGUUGGCCAGGAUCAUGGCAGUACUCCAGCAGCAACGGCAGCAGCAGCAAGUCGGGAGUCUAGGUGGCAGCAUCAAGCUCUCACCCUCCCACCAUGGCGGAAGUGGUGCCAAAUUACACGGGGCUGACACUUUGCCCCACCAGGGCCUGGCAGGUUCUGUGGCUGACCUCCAUCAGAAAACGCUUGGACCCUACUCGAACUUUAGUUCUGGUAUGAACCUCACUGGUAUGGACCUGGGUGGCUCUGUGGUGGGGGGGCCCGGAGGCAUGAAGGACAUGGGAGCUCAACAAUCUCGUUUCAAAUGGAUGAUGGAGGGGCACUCCUCGCCAGACACACCCUCACCUGAAAAUGCAUUCCACAAAAAUGGUCCUGUCAACCCCAUGAAGAUGCCGGGGGGCUCGCCCUACUCGCAGUACGACAUGCUUGUUGGAGACGCGCAAGGCAGCACCAAUUGGCAUCGCACCCCUGGCAAGAUGAGUGCCAAGCCCACCACUACGGCCAGCUGGCCCCCCGAGUUUCAACCUGGUGUUCCCUGGAAAGGAAUAGAUCGGGUCGACCCCGAAUCGGACCCCGACAUGACUCCGGGGAGCAUGAUGGGGAACACAGUCUCUCCCGGCCUCAAUGACUCUGAGCACCAGUUGUUACAAGACAAUACUGAUUCCAUCCCUCCCCUCAACACCUUACUGCCUUCACCCGGUGCCUGGCCCUACAGUGCCUCAGAUGCCCUUAACAACGCACACAACUCAGCAAAGUACACAGACUAUAAGACUGGAUGGCCCCCCGAGCCCAUCGGGCACAAGUCCUGGAAAGGCAGUCGCGGCAGCAGCCAGGCGCAGCUGUCCCGCCCACCUCCAGGCUUGGCCAGUCAAAAGCAGAUAUCGCCUAGCCCAUGGUCAGGCGGUGCUCCUCGACUGGCUGGCAGGGGAUGGAGCAGUGGCUCAGGCACCGCUGGCUCAGCUUGGAGUGACGGCAGCUCUCGUGAAAGUUGCUGGCUGGUGCUCAGCAAUCUCACGCCACAGAUUGAUGGCUCCACGCUUCGAACCAUCUGCAUGCAGCACGGCCCCCUACUGACCUUUCACCUCGGCCUGACCCAGGGUAGCGCACUCAUCCGCUAUGGCUCCAAACAGGAAGCAGCCAAAGCCCAGAGUGCCCUCCACAUGUGCGUUCUGGGCAACACCACCAUCUUGGCAGAGUUUAUGAGUGAGGAGGACGUGGCCCGAUACAUUGCACAUUCCCAGGCUGGAGGCUCGGGGAGCGGAGGCAGAGACGGCUCUGCCACCGCCCCGGCGGCAUCUUCGGCGGUGGGGACAAACGGUAGCGGGACCACCUGCGAUCUCGCUGGAGGUGGAGGAGGAAAUGGCACAGGCGGAAGCAGACAAGGAGGGUCUCCAGCAGGGACGGUCGUACCCGGGACAGCUGGGCAUUCCGAAUCCACGUGGCAGAGCCUGGAAGGCAGCGGCAGCUCAUCGGACCAGUCGACCCCCUCCGCGCCCGGCUUGGGCAUCUUCUCCCAGUGGAGCGGCAACAGCGGCGGGGGGGUGGAGGCGGGAAGGCAAGGUCUGUGGGGGGGUAUGGGUGGCAUGAGCGGGGCCGGCUACCCCGGUAGUAGCCUCUGGGGUUCGCCAGCACUUGAAGAUCGUCAUCAGAUGGGCAGCCCGGCCUCGCUGCUGCCCGGGGACCUUCUGGGCGGGGGCGCCGACUCGAUCUGAAGGGCCCCCGCUUGACCCAUUGAAAAAAAAUCAUUGUCACAACCUCCCGCUCUAUUUAUUUCCACACACACAUACGAUGUGAAUUGAAGCUACACUGGUCUCCCGUCACACAGGCUCCAUGCAAUACAUCCGCUAUUUCACUCAUGAAAUCGUCAAUAUUAAAUGAAGACCACAGUGAAACUUGAAGCGGAGGGGACUCUCGGACCGAGCUGGGUAGUUCUGUCUUUUUACUCCACGACCAGAUCACUCAGGCAUGUACUGUAGACGGGCUCAGCCGAGUCCCACAUGUCAACGCGUUUAGCUCUCGCUGUUCUUUGUGUGCCACACUCGUCUUCCCCGCCGCCUCCCCUUCUCGAGCACCCCCCCCCCCCCCCCCUCGUCUUUUUGUAUUUAAUGUCGACGACUUGCAGACUGAGCCCUCUUAGUCCCGGUGUACUUCUCUUAAGUUCUCAUGUUCGGAAGCUUGAAAGUGACAAAAGGAAUCCGGAGUGUGUUGUGGCAAACGCGGGACGACCUCGCUUCGCUACCGCUUUCAACUGGACCAGUGGCAACCUUUUUAGAGAAGUAGAGGAGCAUUUUUACUCUGUAAAAAAAAAAAAAGAAAGGAAAAAAAAAAAAAAACUAAAAAUUAGCCAAACUUGCACUAUAUGCCUCUGGGGUUUGUUGUUGACUCGUCCAAUACAAAUCUUUCCACAACUCGACAUCGACCUUACAGGACGACUUGUAAUGUUACAUCAGCAGUGGCCUUGGCCCACCUGCCCUCACACAUACACACCAGUUCCACACUGCUCUUAAGUUUGACAAGCAAAACUCUUAUCUCCUCGUGGAUGUACGUACAUCAGUCGUCUCGGUGCGAAGAGAAACGUGAAACUUUGUAGAGAUCUCUUUGUUCCCCAUUGAAACACUGACCUCGCUAUUGUAUUUUUCUUUUUUCUUUUUCUUACUCAAAAGAAAUCAAGUUGGUUGUUAUUAUAUAUUGUCCUGAUGUUAAUGCUGACUUGGGUCACUUAUUGACUUGCUGUUCAAGGUGCCCUCCUUGCCUGCCUUGUGUGUGUGCAUGACAGGAGAGUUGACGGUAUGACCGAAUGGAGGCUGGAGAAAGUAUCAGGAGUGUUUAUGUGAGCGUGUUUGCGUGCGUGUGUGUUAUUGCUACAACGUUGAAUGUUAUUUUUGUGCGGGAGAGAUUCAUCCAAGCGUGUACGCAGGCACUUGCUUUUGAACGCUUACCUGCUUCGGUCAGGGAAGUGAAUAGAUGUUUAUCUGACAGCUUGGCUUUUCGGAGUGUUUGUAUGUGCGUGCGUGACCACCGGACAUUGUGAUAGCUAAAAAGUUCAAAAAUAUUGGCACUAUUGCAUUUGUCUCAAGUUUUUUUUUUUUUUUUUUUUAGCAGCAUUUUGUUUAUGUUUUUUUCUUUUUGGUUAUUGCAAUUUGAGGAGCAUUUGUUUUUAAGACGAAGCAACUAACUGAAGGCAUUUCUAUUCAAAUGCCCAAAUCCUACCAUACCAAGCUCAGCUGGAAACAGUGUUUUACAGACACGUUAAAGAUAGUAGCUGUUAUGUUUGACUGUUUUCUUGUUUUGAUGUUCUGUGACCAUUUAAAUUAAGUCGGUCUUUAUCACUCCUGUUCAGGAUGUUUUCAUUUAUUUCAGAUGUUACAAAAAGGAGAUGAAAUUAAUUUAAAGUGGGAAAGAACAAGAUAAUAAAGGUUCAAAUGAGGUA